AGUUUGUCACUUUCACGAGGUUGGAGUAAUAACAUGUUCAACUAUUUAAGACAUUGGCUCUAAUCGAGGUUGUGCCUUUAGGUUUCGAGAAAAUGAACAACUAAGGAAUAAUGUUUCACUUCUCAAACCCAGGCCUGAUCUUCCCAUUCUGUUUCUAAAGCGUUCCCGGAACUCUCGCGAUGUUGCGCCUCCGAGUUUAACAAACCGUAGAUAUUCUUCCGAGAUCUUAGGGAAGAACUUCCUCCGUGCGGUCACAGCGGCAUAUGUAACCACUUAACGUGGUACUUCACACCAUCUCAAGUCCAUUUUAUGUUCACACCCAGCCUUAAAAAUGCUACUUGCCGCUUUACCGAGUAGGGUCAGGCUCAUUUCAGGACGUUCGUUGGCGUUUACCGCCGCUCGGAUGUGUUCUGCUGGCCCUGCAGCCGCCAACCCGGUCGUCUACUUUGACAUUGCAGCUGACAACCAGCCCGUCGGAAGAGUAACAUUCGAGCUGAAUGCAGAUGUUGUGCCCAAAACAGCAGAGAAUUUCAGAGCACUGUGCACAGGAGAACAUGGUUUUGGCUACAAGGGAUCCAUCUUCCACAGGAUCAUCCCUCAGUUCAUGUGCCAGGGGGGAGACUUCACUAAUCACAAUGGAACCGGAGGGAAAUCUAUCUACGGACUCAAAUUCAAAGACGAGAACUUCGAACUGAAGCACACGGGACCUGGCAUUCUGUCAAUGGCCAACGCUGGGCCCAACACCAACGGCUCUCAGUUCUUCAUCUGCACCGACAAGACAGAGUGGCUGGAUGGCAAACAUGUUGUGUUUGGCAGCGUGACCCAGGGACUGGAUGUGAUCAGGAAAGUGGAGAUGUUCGGCUCUCGUUCGGGGCGUACCUCCAAGAGUAUCACCAUCGCGGACUGUGGAGAGCUUAAGUAGUCUGGGAGUCCCAAAUUGUACCCUAUUCCUUAUAUAGUGCACGACAUUGGGGAAAUGGGGCACGCCCACGAAGCGGGCAUGAUGGUUUCUAAUAGCCUCGUGUGAUUUUAUAAUUUUUUCAAAUUUAAUUUGUAUUAUUGUUGGACAUAAAAGACUUAAAAACACGA